AGAUCAAAAGUAGCGAACUUUUGGUUUACUGCCGCGGUCUUGUUCCUGCUCACUGCCGCCUCUUGGGGACCCAUAUUAUUCAACAAAUAUUCAAAUUGGAGCUGGAGUUCUGAGCGGCCGGGUACUGUGUAUUCCAGCAGUGGGUGUCUGUACGUAGUUAGAACCUGGCAAGAGAGCACUCGCGAAGAGCCCGCAGGCGGGGCUGGUCGGCGCCCGGGUUCUGCCCCCUGCCCGACCCUGCCUGCCGCCUGCCUCCGGCUCGGGCCGCCGAGCGCCCUGCCCAUUUAAGGAGGCGGGCCGUACCACCGCAACUUUCUUGACAGGGGGUAUCCCGGCGGACUCGGACAACUUCAAGGGAGCCGAGAGGCGAUUUCUUUUCCUUUCUAACUGUGGCCUGCGUUGUGCUGCUGCUGGGCAGGCGCUGGGCGCCGGCGGUCUUCGAGCGUGGGGGCCCGUUGGCUUUCCCUUCUCAGAAACUGCGCGGGGGGCGCUCGCUCGCUCCGGAUUCGGACGCGGCGCUCCCCAGGCUCGUCUGGAGUGCAGAUCGCCGCAGAGGCCGCAGUGCCCGGAUGUCCAUCAGGAUUAGCGCGAGCCAAUACGGGCCGAGCCCGGGGCUGCGCCGAGGACGCCCGGGGCUGGAGAGCAGGUAGUCCCGUAACAUCGGGGCGCCGCGCCGGGACGCGUACCCGCCCGGCUCCGCCAAAUGGUGAGCGCGGCGCUGGCAGCAGGGCCCGCGGGGUGAAGGCGCUCAUGGACGGAAGACCCCUGGCUCUAUAAACUGAAUUAUGGCAGCCCAGUCAAGUUUGUACAAUGACGACAGAAACCUGCUUCGAAUUAGAGAGAAGGAAAGACGCAACCAGGAAGCUCACCAAGAGAAAGAGGCAUUUCCUGAAAAGAUUCCCCUUUUUGGAGAGCCCUACAAGACAGCAAAAGGUGAUGAGCUGUCUAGUCGAAUACAGAACAUGUUGGGAAACUACGAAGAAGUGAAGGAGUUCCUUAGUACUAAGUCCCACACUCAUCGCUUGGAUGCUUCUGAAAAUAGAUUGGGAAAGCCGAAAUAUCCUUUAAUUCCUGACAAAGGGAGCAGCAUUCCAUCCAGCUCCUUCCACACUAGUGUCCACCACCAGUCCAUUCACACUCCUGCGUCUGGACCACUCUCUGUUGGCAACAUUAGCCACAAUCCAAAGAUGGCGCAGCCAAGAACUGAACCAAUGCCAAGUCUCCAUGCCAAAAGCUACGGCCCACCAGACAGCCAGCACCUGACCCAGGAUCGCCUUGGUCAGGAGGGGUACGGCUCUAGUCAUCACAAGAAAGGUGACCGAAGAGCUGACGGAGACCACUGUGCUUCAGUGACAGACUCCGCUCCAGAGAGGGAGCUUUCUUCCUUAAUCUCCUCUUUGCCUUCCCCAGUUCCCCCUUUGUCACCUAUACAUUCCAACCAGCAAACUCUUCCCCGGGCGCAAGGAAGCAGCAAGGUUCAUGGCAGCAACAGUAACAGUAAAGGCUGUUGCCCAGCCAAAUCUCCCAAGGACCUAGCAGUGAAAGUCCAUGAUAAAGAGACCCCUCAAGACAGUUUGGUGGCCCCUCCCCAGCCACCUUCUCAGACAUUUCCACCUCCCUCCCUUCCCUCAAAAAGUGUUGCAAUGCAGCAGAAGCCCACGGCUUAUGUCCGACCCAUGGAUGGUCAAGAUCAGGCUCCUAGUGAAUCCCCUGAACUGAAACCACUGCCGGAGGACUAUCGACAGCAGACCUUUGAAAAAGCAGACUUGAAAGUGCCUGCCAAAGCCAAGCUCACCAAACUGAAGAUGCCUUCUCAGUCAGUUGAGCAGACCUACUCCAAUGAAGUCCAUUGUGUUGAAGAGAUUCUGAAGGAAAUGACCCACUCAUGGCCUCCUCCUUUGACAGCAAUACAUACGCCUAGUACAGCUGAGCCAUCCAAGUUUCCUUUCCCCACAAAGGACUCUCAGCACAUCAGUUCUGUAACCCAAAACCAAAAACAAUAUGAUACAUCUUCAAAAACCCACCCAAAUUCUCAGCAAGGAACGUCAUCCAUGCUCGAAGACGACCUUCAGCUCAGUGACAGUGAGGACAGUGACGGUGAACAAACCCCAGAGAAGCCUCCCUCCUCAUCUGCACCUCCAAGUGUUCCACAGUCCCUUCCAGAACCGGUGGCAUCAGCACAUUCCAGCAGUGCAGAGUCAGAAAGCACCAGUGACUCAGACAGUUCCUCAGACUCGGAGAGCGAGAGCAGUUCAAGUGACAGCGAAGAAAAUGAGCCCCUAGAAACCUCAGCUCCGGAGCCUGAGCCUCCAACAACAAACAAAUGGCAGCUGGACAACUGGCUGACCAAAGUCAGCCAGCCAGCUGCGCCACUGGAGGGUCCUGGCAGCACAGAGCCCCCACGGCGGCGCCCAGAGAGUAAGGGCAGCAGCGACGGUGCCACGAGUCAGGAGCGUUCUGAAUCCAAAGAUCCUCCCCUGAAAAGCUCCAGCAAAGCCCCCCGGGCCCCACCCGAAGCCCCCCACCCCAGAAAGAGGAGCUGUCAGAAGUCCCCAGCACAGCAGGAACCCCCACAGAGGCAAACUGUUGGAACCAAACAACCCAAAAAACCUGUCAAGGCCUCUGCCCGGGCAGAUUCACAGGCCAGCCUGCAGGUGGAAAGGGAGGCGGGACUUCUUCCCUACGGCUCCAGAGACCAGACUUCCAAAGACAAGCCCAAGGUGAAGACGAAAGGACGGCCCCGGGCCGCAGCAAGCAAAGAGCCCAAGCCAGCAGUGCCCCCCUCCAGUGAGAAGAAGAAGCACAAGAGCUCCCUCCCUGCCCCCUCUAAGGCUCCCUCAGGCCCAGAACCCACGAAGGACAAUGUGGGGGACAGGAGCCCUGAGCACUUUGCUCUUGUUCCCCUGACUCAGAGCCAGGGCCCGCUCCACAGUGGCAGCGGCAGCAGGACUAGUGGCUGCCGCCAAGCCGUGGUGGUCCAGGAGGACAGCCGCAAAGACAGACUCCCAUUGCCUUUGAGAGACACCAAGCUGCUCUCACCGCUCAGGGACACUCCUCCCCCACAAAGCUUGAUGGUGAAGAUCACCCUAGACCUGCUCUCUCGGAUACCCCAGCCUCCCGGAAAGGGGAGCCGCCAGAGGAAAGCAGAGGAUAAACAGCCGCCCGCAGGGAAGAAGCACAGUUCUGAGAAGAGGAGCUCAGACAGCUCAAGCAAAUUGGCCAAAAAGAGAAAGGGUGAAGCAGAAAGAGACUGUGAUAACAAGAAAAUCAGACUGGAGAAGGAAAUCAAAUCACAGUCGUCUUCAUCUUCAUCUUCAUCCUCCCACAAAGAAUCUUCUAAAGCAAAGCCCUCCAGGCCCUCCUCAGAGUCCUCAAAGAAGGAAAUGCUCCCCCCGCCACCUGUGUCCUCGUCCUCCCAGAAGCCAGCCAAGCCUGCACAUAAGAGGUCAAAGCGGGAAGCAGACACCUGUGGCCAGGACCCUCCCAAAAGUGCCAGCAGUACCAAGAGCAACCACAAAGACUCUUCCACUCCCAAGCACAGAAGAGUAGAGGGGAAGGGCUCCAGAAGCUCCUCGGAGCACAAGGGUUCUUCCGGAGAUACUGCAAAUCCUUUUCCAGUGCCUUCUUUGCCAAAUGGUAACUCUAAACCAGGGAAGCCUCAAGUGAAGUUUGACAAACAACAAGCAGACCUUCACAUGAGGGAGGCAAAAAAGUUGAAGCAGAAAGCAGAGUUAAUGACGGACAAGGUUGGAAAGGCUUACAAGUACCUGGAAGCUGUCUUGUCCUUGAUUGAGUGUGGAAUUGCCACAGAGUCUGAAAGCCUAGCAUCCAAGUCAGCUUACUCUGUCUACUCAGAAACUGUAGAUCUCAUUAAAUUCAUAAUGUCAUUAAAAUCCUUCUCAGAUGCCACAGCGCCAACACAAGAGAAAAUAUUUGCUGUUUUAUGCAUGCGUUGCCAGUCCAUUUUGAACAUGGCGAUGUUUCGUUGUAAAAAAGACAUAGCAAUAAAGUAUUCUCGUACUCUUAAUAAACACUUCGAGAGUUCUUCCAAAGUCGCCCAGGCACCUUCUCCAUGCAUUGCAAGAAGCACAGGCACACCAUCCCCUCUUUCCCCAAUGCCUUCUCCUGCCAGCUCCGUAGGGUCCCAGUCAAGUGCUGGCAGUGUGGGGAGCAGUGGGGUGGCUGCCACCAUCAGCACCCCAGUCACUAUCCAGAAUAUGACAUCUUCCUAUGUCACCAUCACGUCCCAUGUUCUUACCGCCUUUGACCUUUGGGAACAGGCCGAGGCCCUCACAAGGAAGAAUAAAGAAUUCUUUGCUCGGCUCAGCACAAAUGUGUGCACCUUGGCCCUCAACAGCAGUUUGGUGGACCUGGUGCACUAUACACGACAGGGUUUUCAGCAGCUACUAGAAUUAACCAAAACACCUUAAUGAAGCCCCAGGUUGAUUCAAUGCCUUGGGAACUAUUUUUGCACAUUGGAAGCCUCAAAAACAGUCCAGACGUUUGUUUCAUCAGGACACCAAACUCUAAAAAGCAGCAGCACGAGAUGGCCAGGACAUUUGUCCACUUAAACUCUCCACAACGGUGUGAUCAUUGGUUGGACACUAUGGUUAUGCAGAAGCAGAGAUGAGGAGGCUGGCCCCAGAGAUGAUCUUGCCCUUCCUAACUAAAGGACAGAAGUGCAAUGUAGCUUAAAUGGGUGUAUGAAUGGUCUAGAAACAUUUCUAUUUUUUUUUUUUUAACCAGCAGGAUACAAGUUGCAAAUGAAAUGAGGAGAAGCAGUUUCAACUCUGAAAGUGAAUUUACAUCAUCUCAGUAGCCACACUAGUCCAUUCCCAGAAGGAAAUUUUUUUUUUUUAACAAUGACUUUUGGUGAAGGGUUUUGUGGAUGAUUUUUUUUUUCUUUUGAGUUUUGGGAGAAAUAUUUGUUUAAUAACUUCUAAUGGCCAUCUGUAAACCAUAAGUAAUGAAGGACUCCACUGUGUCCCACUUUCUGCCAAUGAACAGUGGCUUGAUAAUACCAAGUACUGUUGUAAUUUAUAAAAUUGAAGGCAACCCCUGCUCCUGCCGCCCCCACCCCCCAAUGCCUAGAGUGCUGCACAUUCACCCCAGCUCUGACUUCUCUGUUUCUGUGCUGAACGUCAGCCCGCGUCGGAGCGGCAAGGAGGAGCCACAGCGCGUGGGGUGCCGCCUCGAGGUCUGCACGGGAGGACUUGGCGCUGCCAUUUCCCACCCCUGCUUCAGCAAAAGGGACUCUCUAACAGGGCAGUCACUGUUGACUCUAUUCUGAAUUUCCUACCUUGGGGAAGAAGGGAACCAACGUUUAUACCUGACCAGAUGGCUAAAGUGCUUUUAAAGUUUUGUUUGAGUAGAGCUGGAAUUUGAGGUGCUGAUCUGUGGUCUACAGUUAUGUGGUAACUCAUGUUGUCCAACCAACUCAGAGUUUUGUCAGUGAACAAGAAAAAUGAAAUCUGCUUCUUAGAGAGGCUAUAUUUUUCUGCUACAAAUUAUUUUAUAUUUAUAGCAAAACUAGACUUUCAGAGUCCUUGAUUGUCUAGGGGAAGUUAACUCCCUGAGAGGAUGUAGAGAUUUGGGGUGUUUAAUUAGACUUUUGAAAAAUUCGUCACCACAUGCCUUCAUUCCAGAGUGUUCUCAGCUGGAUUUGAUUUGGUUGAGGAGGAACUGUGGCCCUCCGUAAGUUAUUGCCAUAGUGUAUACGUUAAACCAAGUCCAUUUCGAAUGACUUAAAAUGAAAUAAUCAGAAAUCCCAUGUGCCCAUAAGCACAGAUUUUUCUUUUUCAUUGAAAUUUUAAAGGUUAUUGGAAACAUUACUUUGAGUGCAGUGUUUUUAAAAGCCAAUUCUUUUUUAUCCUUUUUAGAAGUAGAAUUUGCACACUUACUACAAUUGAGGAGUGUCAUCUCUGUAACUAGUUUUCUCCACCUUUGCCCUAUUCUGCCCCGCUACGUGUUUCCUACCAAGUGUGUUUUACAUUUUCCUGUUAGUGGAGGAGGGAGAAACAUCUUUAUUUAUAAUGAAGACAUCUAAGAUCCCUUUGAUGAAUGCAGGAACUCUCUUGGUGGUUUGUAAAUAUACAAAGGGAUAUGUCGAGGGAUGGGAGCGAUGCUUAUCUCUCACAGUAUGAGUGGUCUGUGUGAGGCUGUUCCUUCAGUUUCUUCUCCAGACUGUUGUUUGGUUAUCACUAAGUCAGAGGUCUGGUCCCUCAUGUGAAAGCCAGAGAAUGACAGUUGUAGUCAUCUGAGCAUAAGACCUUGAUGUGUGAUUCCUGAUGACUGGUUCAUUUAUUCAUGUUCUAACGCAAAGCCCCGGUCCUUUUUAAACUACUAGUUUUAAAAACCUGUGUUAAAUGAACAGUAAUUGCCUGGUAGGUUUUGUGCGUUUGUAGCAUUGUGUGUCCAUCUCUUAUAUGUAAGGGACAAGGCACCAGAAUCGGGCUUUAUUUUGAUAUUGAAGAUGUUAUUUAACAUUUCUUUUUUCCUUACUCCCUUAGCCAUCCCCUCCCCUUUUGCCCCAUCAUUCCCUAGAACAAGCCACCUGUCAAUUGUGAAGGGUCGUGUUCUUUAUGGCAGGUCCUGUCUAUGCAGAUGGUGCCAGAGCAUGUGCGUGUUCUGUUGGCAAGCCACAGUGCUCCCUUGACUGAAGACAUUUCCAAGUAGAUUUCUCAGCCAGCUCUAAAACAGAUUGCUUUUUCAGUGGCCUUACUCUGUGGGUUUUUUUUUUUUCCCCCUUCUGAACUUGAUAUAAAGAUUUUAUUUGUCCCUUGAAAAAGUAACACAUGUGCAUAGAUCAAUUUGUACUACUUUGGUCAUUGGAUAUUUCUGAUCCUUAUUGCAUUGUACCUAAAAGAGAAUAACUAAUGGUAACCUUUUUAAUAGAGUAUGUGAAAGGCAGUGGCUGAGGAAUCCUUAAUGUUCAUAGGGUGUUUUUGCUGUUACAGUUGUAUAUAGAAGUCUAAAGGAUUUUUAAAAUCAUUUGCACUUUUUCACUGCAUGCUUACAAUUCCCAAAGGCAAAAUCUGUACUGAGGUAGAUCAUUUUGAAAGGACUAGAUUAUAAAAUUAAGCCUUUGAAUAUGCAAAGUUCUUAUAACAGUAAUAGUACACACUUCACAGUAAGACAAAUGCAAAGCAUCUUAAGGAGUAAAAAUAGAGUGUAAAUCUUGCCUUUGGCACUACAAGGGGUGUGUGUGUGUGUGUGUGUGUGUGUGUCUGUGUCUGUGUCUUCGGUAGGAGAUGGAAGAACACUGUUUUAUUUUUAAAAGUGUUGAAUGUUUCUGUCCUUUCUGUGAAUUAUUGAAUUUAAGAUCCCUGCUAAAUAAUGAAAAAACACUUUACUAAAAUUUAUCAGAUUAUACUGGGUUCGGAUUGUGAAAACAUUGGCCACCUAGUAGCAGUGGUGAGGAGUGGGAGGGCCCAGCAAGCAUUUAUCAGAAAUAGAAUCACAAUAGGAGGAGAAUUUGACUGUCUGAUAUUAUGAUUUGAUCACAAUACUGAAUAGGAAAAGCAUUAAUAUUUUGUAACAAAAGGACCUUUAUAUUAUAGAUCUGUUUUGACCAAAACGUGUAGCUAUUUCCCUUGGGCAAAUUGGACCACACCUACCUCCCUUGUCCUGUAUUCUUUAAUUUCAGGUCUCGGGAUGUUUAAAAAGCUAAAAUCCCCUACCCCUUUCUGGCUGAAAACUUGCCUUAUUUGGUAUCUUACACAUUAAUGUUACUAGCGUCGGGAGCUUACUGAUUUAUUAUGAUUCAUCUUCAGUAAUUUUUAGAAGCAAAAAGAAAACCAUUGUAUCCUCCACAAUUAACAAAACUGUUAUCUCUGAUAUACAAAAGGAUAUAAAUACAUACACUUAAACAGAGAAUAAGAGGCUGAUUGAUUGAAUUGUGCCUUUGAACCUAGUUUUGAAAUACUGCUGUGUUUGUUUUGCCAUGGCUUCAGGGAUGCUACAUGACUCUUGCACCUUUUACUCCUCUGCUUUAUGAAGUUUGAGUUGUAUUUGUGCAUCUUAAGGUAGAUUAAGGCUUGAGGCUGGGCUUUUUUCUUUUAAUUUUUUGUACUUAAACCUGCUUGCUUCCUACCACAGAUUCUUUAUUUUCCCAAACACUACAAAAAAACUUUUAAAACUUUGCCAUUUCAUCUAUUUACACUCUUUGCCACUGAUUAGCAGUAUUUAAAUCUUGCAAGCAUAUUUUGUGCUUCCUUUAGAAACACAAGAGUAUAGAGUUUUCUCCCUGGAAAGUGAGAGUUGGGCAUUGCAGCCAUGGAGGGAUGCUGGGAUCGAUUAUGGCAGUACCUUUUUCCCUCCUGGUCUUGAGCCAGUUGCCUCUUGUUUUGGUCCCACUUAGGAUUAAUGGAUGUAAGGUAUUUUCCUGUGCCUUUAUCUUGUGUCAUUCUAUUGGAAGGAGGUGUAAUGGCAGAAUAGCACAGUGUUGGGGGUUUUCCUUCAAACACUGCAAGUGAUAUUGCCACCAUGUGAACCUCAAAUAUGCAAUCCAGUUGUGUUGGUUUCUCGGUGACUUAGAGUGUUCAUCUCUUCCUGAAUUGUGAGCACUGACCGUGUUCUUUAGUUCUUAUUUAUGGUGAGUUGACAAAUACCAACUACUGCUUUUCUUUAGGUGGCUAUAAGUUUCUUAUUGUCAGGGGCAAAUGACACUAUAUUCUGUUCCACUGAGCGUCAGAGAUCAGCAGGCAGUGCAUUGGGUAGAGAAGUGCCUAUACUUCUCUAUCUAAGAGGGCAGGAGGGAAACCCUACAGCUCCUUGUGAGCCUAUAUAUUCGUAUAUUGGCCUGGAGAGGACAAGGGAAUAAGACCACUCAUAGUGAGGCUGGCCAAGCUGUGCUGGUUGGACCAGGCAGUGGCUGACCUAAGGAAGACAGCUUGCUUUGCUUAAAAGUAGAUUUUUAAGCAAUGCUUAACACAGGCAGUAUUAACUUCACCUUUUGUUCAGGCCACCAACAUGUAUUGUUAAAAUUACUGCACAUCCCCCCUCAGAUAUCAAGUAUACACUGUUCAUGUUAGGGUGUGUGUGUGUAUGUACGCAUGCAUGUGUCCCAAAUCUUGGUUUAAUUUUUUUUUUUUCUGAAUGUGAUCGUGUUUUGGAUAAUACCUGAGCAGGGUUGCCUUUUUUUUAUUUAUUACCAUUAUAUAUUAUAUUAUAUUAUAUAUUUUUUGCUUUCUUAUAACUUUGGAGGAAAGUUAAAUCUUGGUAUUAUUAAAAUUGUUUUAAAAAGGAGUAAAUUUUCCAGUUGAUAAAUGAAAAAUCACUGGUCUAUCUUUAAAAUAAUGAGUUUUUCUUUAAUUACUGUGGAAUAAUGUGCCAGCUCUCAUCAACACAAUGAUUUUGUACAUAAGGUAGGGAAGCAGUGAUGCUCUCAAUGGGAAGAUGUGCAACACAAAGUAUACAUGUAUUUUACCUACUUCAGCAAUGGAACUGCAACUUGGGGCUUUGUGAAUAAAAUUUAGCUGCCUUGUAUAGUCGUUUGAAAGAGAAUAUGUGAUCUGUGAGAUAAUUAAUAGUUUUUUUUAGAAGAAAAGUCUGCAAAAGAUCUUCCCAAAGACAGUGUGCCACAGAUCUUUUGUUCUCUGUAAUGAGGAUUAAUUGCUGUUUAAACAAAAACGUAAUUGUUCAUCUUUAAAUUCUUUCCUUUUCAUAAGAGGAUCAAGCUGUAAAAAAAACAAAAAAAUUAAUAAAAAUUUCGAGAAAUCA